GUCGCAAAAGAAAAACAUCUUCUGUUACUGAGCGAAGAAAAUAAGGCUAAUUUAUACUAAACCGGUUCGUCUUAUUACGGUACCAAUCGAGAAGAAUCACUAUUGAUAGCUUACUCAACGGUGAUAGCAGUUCAGGAGGAGUUAAAAAGGAUUUUAACAGGAGCAGGAUUUAUACCACUCAAAUCAUCCAAUGGGCAGGUGAAAGCAUUCGACGCAAACGAAACACAACAGUGAAAAAAUUUCACCCAAGAUGAAACUGGAACAUCUGGCCAUCUUCUCCGUAUUAUUCUACCUACAGUGCUUCGUCCGGACGGAUAGUUCAUCCGAGGAGGACAGUUCAUCCUCCGAAGAAGCUCUGAAUGAAGCCCUGCUCGAAGAAGAUCCAGAGUUUGAUUUACUAAUAUUUACCCAACGAUGGCCCAUCACGGCUUGUUAUGAAUGGCGAGAGAAAAGUUCGAGCAAUAUCUGUGGAUUACCGUCACCGAAAAACAUCUGGACGAUCCAUGGAAUUUGGCCAACAAAGCUGAACACCAUAGGGCCUAGUUUCUGCAAUAAGUCGGCAGUUUUUGACGUGAACGAACUUAGUGCCAUCGAACCCCAGCUGGAACAGUUUUGGAUCAAUGUGGAAAAGAAUAAACCCUUUGAUUCCCUGUGGCGCCACGAGUGGCUCAAGCAUGGCACCUGCGCUGCGGCCGUUUUGGUUCAGCUGAACACAGAAGACAAAUAUUUUGGCCAAGGGCUAACCUGGUUGCAGCAACACUCAAUGGCUGAUGUUCUUGGCGAAGGAGGAGUUACUCCAGGAGGCAAUUAUACCGUGGUUGCGAUCCACCAGGUUUUAAUGGAUCGUUUCCAAAAGAAUGCCGCUAUAGAAUGCUAUCACGACAAAGAAACGAAGCUGCAAUUUAUGAACGAAAUCCGCAUAUGCUUUAACAAGAACAUGGAACUAACAGACUGUGAUGGAAUUUUGUUCGAGGAUGUCUUCAUCGACCGACCAGGGGGCAAACUGAUUACCAACUGUAAUCUUAACAAACCAAUCUUUUAUCCGGGGACGGUACCCUUGUCCCGGUACGACAAGAUGCACAUGUCACCGUAUGAUCUACACAUGAAAUUUUUAGAAGAGUAUAAACGAAAGAAAGCACAGGAAAACAAAACGAUGAAGAUACUGGUCAAUAUCUACAAAUUUAUUCAGUUGCUCAAGUGGACAACCAUGUGAACAACAGAUCACACAAUAGGUUAGAUUGAAAUGCCUUUCUCCUGAUUUUAA